UCUCUCUCGAGGUGCCUUGUGGGUAGGAGGAAGAACAGGCGAGAGUCGAGGCCGGGUCCAUGGCUGCCAUCGGAGUCCACCUGGGCAGCACGUGCGCCUGCGCGGCAGUGUAUAAGGACGGGCGUGCCGAUGUUGUUGCCAAUGAUUCUGGUGACAGAGUUACUCCUGCCGUUGUUGCGUUUUCGGAAAAUGAAGAGGUUGUUGGCCUGGCAGCAAAACAAAACAGAGUGAGAAAUCUUUCCAACACAGUCGUGAAAGUGAAGCAGAUUCUUGGCAGAAGCUGUGGAGAUCCCCAAGCUGAAAAAUACAUAGCGGAAAGUAAAUGUUCAAUCACUGAAAAGAAUGGAAAAUUAAGCUAUGAAAUAGAUGGAAAACUUGUUUCCCCAGAAGAUGUUGCAAAAUUGAUCUUCACUAAGAUGAAAGAAACUGCUCAGUCAGCUUUGGGUUCCGAUGUCAACGACACUGUUAUCACCGUACCGUUUGAUUUUGGAGAGAAGCAGAAAAAUGUCCUUGGUGAAGCUGCAGUGGCCGCUGGGCUUAACGUUCUUAGGAUGAUUCAUGAACCAUCUGCAGCUCUGCUGGCUUAUGGAAUUGGGCAAGAUUCACCCAGUGGGAAGAGCAAUGUGUUAGUUUACAAACUUGGAGGAACAUCUCUUUCGAUCACAGUUAUAGAAGUGAACAGUGGCCUGUACCGCGUCCUUUCCACCAACACAGAUGACAGUAUAGGAGGGAUCUGUUUCACAGAAGCCUUAGCACAGCAUCUAGCUUCUGAAUUUCAGAGGUCUUACAAAUAUGAUGUGACAGGAAACCCCAGGGCCAUGAUGAAGCUCAUGAACAGCGCAGAAGUUGCAAAGCACUCUUUAUCUACACUGGGAAGUGCAAACUGCUUUGUCGAUUCCCUCUACGAGGGUCUAGAUUUUGAUUGUAAUGUUUCCAGGGCCAGAUUUGAACUUAUUUGCUCUGCACUUUUUCACAAGUGCAUAGAAGCAAUUAAAAAACUCUUGCAGCAAGCUGGACUUACAUCAGAUGAUAUCCAUAAGGUCGUUCUCUGCGGAGGAUCAAGUCGUAUUCCAAAACUGCAGCAGUUGAUCAAAGAACUUUUCCCAGCCGUUGAACUGCUGAACUCUAUCCCUCCAGAUGAGGUCAUUCCUAUUGGAGCUGCCAUAGAAGCUGGGAUCCUGCUUGGAAAAGAUAAUACCUUUUUAGAUGACGAAAUGCUAUCUGUCGAAUGUUCUGCGAAAGAUAUUUUAGUGAAGGCAGUGGAUGAGUCUGGGGAAGAUAAAUUCAUGGUGGUAUUCCCGUCAGGCACUCCUUUGCCGGCUCGAAGGCAGCAUACUCUGCAAGCCCCGGGAAGCAACUCCUCUGUUCGCCUCGAACUGUACGAGGCCCUGGAAAAGACUCUGGUGAAAGAAGACAGCAGAUUUGCCCAGAUUGUCCUCCAAGAUUUAGAUGUCAAGGAAGGUGGUCUUCAUGAUAUUCUGACAGUUCUCACAAUGAAAAGGGAUGGCUCACUGCAUGUUACCUGCACUGAUCAGGAGACUGGAAAAUGUGAAGCCAUUACUGUAGAAGUGGCAUCGUAGAAUGAAUUCCAGGUGUUUCCCUGACUGUUUGUUCCCUCAUAUAAAUAUUCAUUUUUGAAACUUUUUAAAAAUGGAAGACGCAGUAUUUCAUAGUACGAUAAAUGAAUGAGGCUUGGAAAUGGCAUCUGCACACACGUUACUCAAAGGAAAAGCUGACAACAAAUACAUUCAGUGAUCAGCUACACAGAAAAAAUUGUAGGAGAUGUGUGCAUGAUUAUAUAAGAUACAAACCCACAAAAUAAACGGAAGGGAUUGUUAUACUGGACAUGCUUGAUGAGACUGGUUAAAGUAUGUGAAUGGCUUGUUUUUGUCCAAGUGGCAUUAAAUAUUUUGUGAAUAUGCAUUGGAGAGUAUAACGGAUAUUUGUUAAUGUGAAUAGUAAUAAAAUAUAAGGUUUUAUAUUGA